GAGAAGCUACUUUCAACCAUCUGUCAACAUUUGGGGUCUCCGCAUGGACGGCAUCACGAUUCGACGGCAAUUCAAGAAUUAAAACCUCCUUCGAGCAAAGAAAGCAGCGAACCUGAGAAACCUCCAAGAACCAUGCCUCCAUCCGCAUUAAGGAUGCACAGGGACGCGGCGACGCAGACGGAGCCUGUCACAUGCCGCAGGGCAGACGGUGUCAAGCUGUAUGCAGCGCCGUGGCGCGCGCUGCGGCAGCGGCACCAAAUACUGCUGGACGUGUGUCGGAUGGCGCACGCCGUGGCGCAGUGGAAGCUGCUCCUCAUAGUCAUGACCACGAUUUCGUACGGCACGAUUCAGCUCACCGCUUCAACGCGGGGAGCUCUAAUCGCCGUGAAUCAAGGGGAAAUCUCAAUACGUGACUUUGGAAGUGUCCUCAAUGCAGUGUGCCACGUGUCCUUGUUUCUGGUGCUGUGCUGUGUGUACACGUCCGUCGAUCAUGAGAACGAGAAAGUGUGUGCGGUACUGUUAGAUUACACCACCAACUUUUCUGUCCAUUCCGAAGAGAAACUUGAGGUUGAUAUGUUCAUCGACCAAAUAAACCGUUCUUCCAGCAAAUGUACGGUUCUCUGGCUGUUCAAGAUAGACAUGACAUUUAUGACGCAGGUUUUAGCUGCCAUGGUAUCCUACUGCGUAGUGAUGAUGGAAAUGGAAGACUAGACUCAAUUCGGACUCAGUAAAUUU